AUGAAGGCCGUCAACCCCGUACUCUUCGCGAGCGCAGCGCUGGCAGCUAUACCCGCACAGCAACCGCUUUCAUUGCCCAAGAGCUUCCCAGCCGAAGCGAAGGACCUCUUUUCCAAUCAACUCUCCCACCUCAAGGACGCCCUGCGCGGUCUCACUCAUGAAGCCGCAGCCGUCUGGGACGAAGUCGCCGCCUUGUAUCCCGAGGAUAUGAGCGCCGCCAGCUUCUUCUCGUCGCCCAAGAAGCACACUCGACGACCAGAUUCGCACUGGGACCACAUCGUGCGCGGACAGGAUGUGCAAAACGUGUGGGUUGAGGGCGCCAACGGCGAGCAAGAGCGAGAGGUACACGGCAAGCUCGACACAUACGAUCUGAGGGUCAAGGCGGUCGACCCGAGUGCCCUGGAGGUUGACCCGGGCGUGAAGCAGUACUCCGGUUAUCUCGAUGAUAACGAUAACGACAAGCAUUUGUUCUACUGGUUCUUCGAAUCGAGAAACGACCCCAAGAAUGAUCCGGUUGUCCUGUGGCUCAACGGCGGACCUGGUUGCUCUUCCCUUACAGGCCUCUUCCUUGAGCUAGGCCCUGCUAGGAUCAAUGAGAACAUCGAACUCGUCUUCAAUCCAUACUCGUGGAACAACAAUGCGAGCGUGAUCUUCCUCGACCAACCUGUCAACGUUGGAUACUCCUACAGUGGCGGAAGUGUUUCGGACACUGUCGCAGCAGGCAAGGACAUUUACGCCUUGCUCACGUUGUUCUUCAAGCAGUUCCCAGAAUAUGCUGAGCAGGACUUCCACAUUGCUGGCGAGUCAUAUGCCGGUCACUACAUCCCAGUCUUCGCUUCAGAGAUCUUGUCUCACAAGAAGCGCAAUAUCAACCUCAAGUCGGUUCUCAUCGGAAACGGCCUGACUGACGGUCUGACUCAGUACGAGUACUAUCGGCCCAUGGCUUGCGGAAAGGGCGGCUGGCCUGCUGUCCUGGACGAGCAAUCGUGCCAGGCCAUGGACAAUGCUUUACCGCGCUGCCAGAAUCUGAUCCAGGGUUGUUACGAUAGCGAGAGUGUCUGGUCUUGCGUCCCAGCGUCAAUCUACUGCAACAAUGCGCUCCUGGCACCGUACCAACGCACCGGCCAAAACGUAUACGACGUCCGCGGCAAGUGCAAGGAUAGCAGCAACCUCUGCUAUCCCGAGCUCGGCUAUAUUAGCAAGUGGUUGAAUAAGCCAUCGGUCAUGAAGGCGCUUGGAGCUGAAGUCGAUGGCUACGACUCAUGCAACUUCGACAUCAAUCGAAACUUCCUGUUUGCAGGCGAUUGGAUGAAGCCAUACCAUCGCUUAGUGCCGGGUCUGAUUGAGGAGUUGCCAGUCCUCAUCUACGCUGGAGACGCUGACUUCAUUUGCAAUUGGCUCGGUAAUGAGGGUUGGACCAACGCUCUGGAAUACCCUGAACACGAGAAGUUCAAGGCUGCGAAGACAAACGACUUGCACAUCGAUGGCAGCAAGGAUCAGCGCAAGAUCGGUUCGGUAAAGAGUCAUGGCAACUUCACGUUCAUGCGUAUUCACGCUGCUGGACACAUGGUUCCGCUAGACCAGCCAGAGGCGAGUCUGGAGUUCUACAACCGCUGGCUUGCGAAGGAGUGGUUUUGA